AUGGAAACAGUGAAAUUAAUAGGUACUUCUUUUAGUUUUUUCACAUACAGAGUUAUUUGGGCAUUAAAGCUAAAGGGAAUAAAUUAUGAGUACAUAGAGGAAGACAUGUCCAAAAAAAGUCCUUUGUUAAUGAAAUACAAUCCAAUUCACAAGAAAGUCCCUGUGCUAAUCCAUGGUGACAAGCCAGUUUGUGAGUCUAUGGUCAUCGUCGAAUACAUCGACGAGACGUGGCAACUGAAUCCAUUGCUUUCGACUGACUCAUAUGACCGAGCCAUGGCUCGGUUUUGGGUUAAAUAUAUUGAUGAAAAGUCAUAUAGUACAUGGAAUGUGUUUUGCAACACUGGAGAAAAGCAACAAAAUGCCAUAAAGGAGAGCCUUGAAAUGCUUAAAACCCUUGAGGAAAAUGCUUUGGGAGAAAACAAUAAGUUAUUUGGUGGUGAAAACAUUGGACUUGUUGACAUAGCUUUUGGAGGUUUUUCUCAUUGGAUGGAAAUUAUUGAAGAAAUCGUUGGAGUUAAAUUACUUGAUUCUCAUAAUUUUCCUCGUCUCAACAAAUGGAUAAAAAAUUUCAAAGAAGUUCAAGCAAUCAAAGAUAAUUUACCUAAUCAUGAUGAGAUGUUUGUGUACAUGAAAAAUGCUAGAGAAAGGAUGUUAGCAUCUACCUAAGGAGGUAGGUUCGAGCUCAUAGUAUAGAGCCGCUUUGUUAGAUAAAGAGUGUUUAUUUCUCGAUGGAACUUAUCCGUGAAUUAAGAUUUAUUCAGGUUCAAGAGUGAAUCUAGAAUGAUUACAGGUUCACAUUGCUUAGACCAUGUAUUUCAAUAAAUGUACAAGAGUCUUUAUUUUGGAACCAA